CUGCUUCUGCGGUUUCGUUCCUGUUGCUCUCAGCCCUGCCCUGUUUCAAGGCCUGGGCUCCACUUCCUCAUCUCUCCGCUUCUGCUUUCGGUUUUCACUUCAGUCAGUGGUGAGCUCUCAGCUGGCCCUGACCCCUGCCCAGCGUGAGCCCCCCGUGGCAGGGCUCCGGGAGCCCCGGGAUUCUGCUGCCAUGGGGACAAAAUACGUGGAGGAGACGACGAAGAAAGCAGAGGAGCUGGCCCUGAAGCUGGCUGAGGCCAUCGAGGGAGGGCACAAGGAGCUGGCACUGGAGUGUGCUGGCUGGCUGGCCGAGCAGCGGGCGCCCGUCACGGUGCAGGUGAAGCCGGAGGCCUACCCCACAAAGGAAAUCAGCUUGUGGGUGGGAGUGGAGGAUGCCCAGAUGACCACAGUCCCCAUCUACCUGCAAGUCAAUCCUCAUAUGACUGUGGCUUCUCUGAAGGACAUGGUACGGGCCUGUGCGCUGGCGCUGGGGGCACCGAUGGCACAGAGUGGGGUUUUCCUCCACUACGGCUUCCCACCCAGCGUUCAGCAGUGGGUGGUGGGCAAGAGGCUCCCCGGAGACCAGGAGACCCUGCACUACAACGGCAUCCAGCGAGAUGGUGACAUGGCCUAUCUCUACCUCAGGUCUGCCAAAGAGGCCAAGCUCAGCAAAGAGACAUUCCAGAGGGAGCGGCAGCGCCGAGUCCUGGCAGAACUGGGCUUCGGAGACAUUAGCCUGCAGCCUCGUGGGAGCCAGGAACCGGCGGACGCAGGGCUCGGAGGGGCGCAGGACAGCCUGUGCAUGGAGGAGCUGAGGCAUGAGCUCUCUCAGGUGGAAGCCGCCCUGCCCCCUGAACCCCCCAAGGUCGGCUGGGUCUGUCCGAGCUGCACCUAUGUCAACAAGCCCACCCGCCCCGGCUGCGAGAUCUGCUGCAAGGAGCGGCCCAAGGACUACGCGGUGCCCGCGGCUUACCAGCCGGACGAGGAGGAGCUGGCGAGGAUGAGGAACGAGGAGGAAGCCAUGUGGCAGUACCAACAGGUGAGAGAGCAGCAGAAGAUCGAGAACUACCAGCACCUCCUGCAGGUGGACGGGCAGAGCCUGGUGCCUGCCGAUGAAGUGAUUGAAUGUCCCAUCUGCUUUGUGACCCUGCAGCCUGGAGAGGGGGUGACCCUCCGGGAGUGCCUGCACUCCUUCUGCAGGGACUGUCUGAAGGGGACGAUACUGAACAGCCCGGAGCCUGAGGUGUCCUGCCCGUACAUCGACGAGAAGUACUCCUGCACGGGACAGCUGCUGGAGCGGGAGAUCAAAGCGCUGCUGAGCUCUGCCGAAUACCAGCACUUCCUGGACCUGGGCGUCUCCAUCGCCGAGAACCGCAGCCGGUCCAGCUACCACUGCAAGACCACGGAUUGCCGGGGCUGGUGCAUCUUCGAGGAUGACGUGAACGAGUUUGCCUGCCCCGUGUGCCAGGAGGUGAACUGCCUGCUCUGCAAGGCCAUUCACAAGAACAAGAACUGCAAGGAGUAUCAGGACGACCUCAAGGUCCGGGCUGAGAAUGACCAGACUGCCAGGCAGACCACCGAGAUGCUGACGACGAUGGUCCAGAGCGGGGAGGCCAUGUACUGUCCCACCUGUAAGAUCGUUGUCCAGAAGAAGGACGGCUGUGACUGGAUCCGCUGCACUGUCUGUCACACGGAGAUCUGCUGGGUGACCAAGGGGCCACGCUGGGGGCCAGCGGGCUCGGGCGAUACCAGUGGUGGCUGCCGCUGCAGGCUGAACGGCGUUGCUUGCCAUCCCCGCUGUCAGAACUGCCACUGAGCACACGAGCCAAGAGGAAGGAGGGGGCGGCCGCUCCCUACACAGUGCUCCAGCCCCGUUGGGGGUGGGGGGCCACACAGCUCCCCUCGAGCCCCUGGCUACUCUCCCCACCAUGCCUUCAUAGCCUGGGGCCAGGCCUCUAGGUUUCUGGCUCCCUGAGCCCACCACAGACCCAUGUGUCCGUGCGGGGAAGGACUGCGCAGGUCAGCAGCCGUGGGGCGAGCGGAGCGUUCCUGUUUCAUGGAUUGGCGGUGGACUUGGGAGAAGACAGGGUGCUGGCCGCCCCCUGCUGGGAACCGCGUGCCCUGUGAAAGUUGAGGGGGGCCUGCCUCACAAGCUGCUCCCUUCAGGUGUCCCGCCACAGCAGCUGUGUAGAAAACGACGGGGCCGGGUUGGAACAGCAGGAACAUUGGGAACAUUCAGGCUCCUCUAGUUGUUGGAGGUGGCAGGUACAUUGGUGGCCUCAGGCCUGAAGAAGCCCUGCCUCAUCCCUUAGGGACAACAUGGCUCCCCCUUGCCUACAGGUCAGCAUUGCAACCUGAGCCAUUUUGCCAGCCACAGUGAAAAAGGGUUUUGGUGCCCCUCAUCUCCCAAAGUGGCCAAGCAGAAAAAAGGGCCACCCCAUCAGAGAGGAGCAAACCUGCUGAGCAGCGCAGGGGACUGCCAGGGCAACCCCAAACCCCACACCUGGCUCCAGUCACAGCUUCCAGCCUGUCCGCUGCAGCCCAUGGGCACUUCUCAGUCAGCUGGUGCAGCAGGACCCAGCAGCCUCCCAGCCAGUUGCCAUGCACAGUACGCUCCAGGGCACUGGGGACAGACUGGGCAGUGUUGGUUCUUAGCAGGCAGCGUUCAUUGCCCUCCACCUGGAUUUACAAUAAAGAGCUGCAACUUUGGGUCCAGAA